UAUUUAAACAGGCUGGCACUGCCACAGCCCUCGGGGACACAGGACACUGGACAGUCACAGAGCUCCCAGGGUCAGCCUGAGAGGGAAGGACAGAGGUGCCAGGAGGAGCCUGGAGUGGAAUGCAAGAAAAAUGACUUUCCUGGCGUUCCUCUUCCUGCUCACCGUGGUGCCAGCUGGGUCUGCCAGGAGCAGACACCCCCCCAUGGCAGCCAUCUCCAGCCCGGUGUUCGGCCCCCGGCAGGUGCACGGCGUGCGGGGCGGCUCGGUCACCGUGCGGUGCUUCUACCCACCCACACCGGCCAACCGGCACGACAGGAAAUACUGGUGCCGCCAGCGGGGCUCCGCCUGCCUCACCCUGCUCUCCUCCGACUUCGUGGCCGCCGCCUACCAGGGCAGAGCCACCCUCACCGACCACCCCGAGCAGGAGCAGUUCCAGAUCCACAUCUCAGGGCUGGAGCCGGGGGAUGCCGGCACCUUCCAGUGUGGCCUGGGGGUCAAUGGCAGAGGGCUCUCCUUCAGAGUCACCCUCAGCGUUGCUGAAGCCCCACCUGUUCCUGAGGAUGCUGAGCUCUUCUACGUGAAGCUGCGCAGCACCUGGACCGUCACCUGCAGCUUUGGGGAGGGCACGGCCGAGAUGAGGAAAUACCUGUGCAAGAAGGAGAAGGACGGCUGCCGGAAGGUCAUCGACAGCUACCAGGACGAGGAUCCCACAGGGAGGCUCCAGCUGACCUUUGAGAGCCCUCCAGGCUCGUUCCGUGUCACCAUGACUCGGAUGGACUGGGAAGAUGCAGGCUUGUACUACUGUGGGGCUGGUGAAUAUGGGAAGGACAGCACCAGCAAGGAGCUGGAUGUGUUUGUCUACGAGGACAAAAAUUUCCCUCACUUGAAGACCAACAUCACGGCAAAAACUGGAAGCUCAGCAACCUUCGAGUGCCUCUAUGAGCCUCUGCUGAAUUCCUCCACGAGGUUCUGGUGCAAGCAGAAAGGCAGGCAUUGUGUGAGAAUCAUAGACAGCACUGGGCGUGUGGAGGACACCUACGAAGGAAGAGUGGCCGCCUUCGAGAACCCCGAGAACAAAACUGUCACCAUCGUCCUGAACCAGCUGCGGGACAAGGACAAAGGCAGCUACUGGUGCAUGUCCAAUGAGCUGAGGGAGCAGCAGUCAUCCACAGAGCUGACGGUGGUGCCAGGAGAACCGGCGCUGACGGGGAAGAAGAAGGUGGAGGCUCAAGUGGGCUCGCAGGUGAAUUUGACCUGCUGUUACCCCUGCGCCUACUCCUCCUACGAGAAGUUCUGGUGCCGCUGGAGCAGCAGGGGCUGUGCCAUGCUGCCGGCCCUGCCGCCGGGGCUGCCGCAGCCCGGGGACGGCUGCGACCGCUCGGCCAGGACGGUCGUGCUGAGCCUGGGCCCGCUGAGGGAGGAAGAUGAAGGCUGGUACUGGUGCGGGGUGAAGCGCAACGGGGCCUUCGUGGAGACCAUGGCCGUGGAGCUGCGGGUGAGCGCAGGGAGAGAUGCCAAGCUCAGCCCAGAGUUCCUGGAUGUUGAUUCCAGCCACGACCCUGGAGCUGCUCCCCCAGGAGGAGCCGGCAGCGAGGCUGAGGUGCGGAAAGGAGCUGCCCCAGAAAGUUCCAGCUCUGAUGAGAGCCAUGGCUCCAACACUCUGGCCUUGGUGCUGGGCCCUCUUGCUGGCCUGAUCCUGAUCGUUGUGACAGCUUUUGCCAUCGUCAGAUACAGGCAGCUGAAGAGAUCUGACCUGGUGUCCGUGGGGAGCUACAGGACCAACAUCAGCAUGUCAGACUUUGAGAGCGUGAGGGACUUCAGUGGCAGCAGCAGCGUGAAGGAGAGCCAGGAGACCCCCAUGGGAGGGGAUGAGUUCAUCACCACCACGGACACCCCGGACAGUGCUGCCAACACAAUGAAGGCUAAAAGGAGCUCCAAGGAGGACGCUGACCUCGCCUACUCCUCCUUCCUGGCCACCUCCAGCAGCAUCGCCCAGGCCAGCUCCGGGGGGGACAGCGCUGUCCGGGACGUGUCCCCACCCCAGGACCGGGUCUGAGGGGAGGUGGCAGCGCCCAGGACUGGCUCUGCCUCGAGCAUCACCAUGCCAGCAAACAACACUGUGCAUUUCUCCCACAAUUUGCUAUAGCUUGACCUGGUUUUUGCUUAAAUUCAGCUUCGAGUGGUGAUUUAGGAGUGGUUUGAUGGCAAGGGGGGCUGGAAGGGCAGGUGUGAGUGAGGAGGUUGGGCUGGGAAACAGCAGGAACUCGAGUGGCUCAUCCCACCAGCAGCCCCAGUUCUUACACUGGGCUCUCACAGGCCAGAAGGAGCAUUGUGAAAAAAAAAAAAAACCUGAAAAAAAAAAUCCCAUUAUCUUUUAAAGGCAGCUGGGAAACCCUUUAGAAGAGCGUCUGAUGCUUUUGAUUCCUCUGAGCUUUCCCGACCUGGGGGCAGCACCUGCAGGGCAGACACGCCUGGAGUGUUUGUGUGCACAGCAAUAAAGAAUCCAGUGGCUUUCAGCAGA